CACGAUCCCAACUCCACACCGUCACUUGCGUUUGUCUUGCCGAGACCGACUCGUCUGGAGACAGUGUUUCCCUUCAGGAGCAACAGUCGCUCAUCAGUCAGGUUGUGCGUCUCCACAGCAGCUUCAGUCGGAUCCCUCCCUCUGUGCUCGUCUCUGCAGCUGAUCGGUAUUUUUUUCUACUUUUACAGUUGUACUUUUGCUGCAGGUAGGUCUACUCCACACUUCAACAGCCUCGGCAUCAUGUUGGACCCGUCUUCCAGCGAGGAGGAAGGGGAUGAGGUACUGGAGGUGGAACGCAAAGAGGUGUCGGCCCCGAAAAGCCACGGAGGAGCCCGACUGUCACCGGGGCGAGCUGCCGACGGCCACGGUGGAGGAGGGCUCCAGCCGCGGGGCCGCGGGAGCGGCGGUGGUCGACCCUCCAGCCCCAGCCCGUCAGUCGGCAGCGAAAAGGAGAAGGAGGACCUGGAGAAGAUGCAGAGGGAAGAGGAGGAAAGGAAAAAGAGACUCCAGCUCUAUGUGUUUGUGAUGCGCUGCAUCGCUUAUCCGUUUAACGCAAAGCAACCUACUGACAUGGCAAGGAGGCAGCAGAAGAUCAGUAAGCAGCAGCUGCAGACGGUCAAAGAGCGUUUCCAGUCAUUCCUAAGUGGAGACACUCAGAUUGUGGCUGAUGAGGCCUUCAUCAAUGCUGUCCAGAGCUACUAUGAGGUUUUCCUAAAAAGUGACCGUGUCUCCCGGAUGGUGCAAAGCGGCGGAUGUUCUGCCAGCGACUCUAGGGAAGUUUUUAAGAAGCACAUAGAGAAGCGGGUGCGCAGCCUGCCUGAGAUUGAUGGCCUCAGUAAAGAGACGGUGCUGAGCUCCUGGAUUGCCAAGUUUGACACCAUCUACCGUGGUGAAGAGGACCCCAGGAAGCACCAGCAGAGAAUGACAGCCAGUGCUGCUUCCGAGCUCAUCCUCAGCAAAGACCAGCUCUAUGAGAUGUUUCAGCAGAUCCUGGGCAUCAAGAAGUUCGAGCACCAACUCCUUUACAAUGCCUGCCAGCUGGACAACCCUGAUGAGCAGGCAGCGCAGAUUAGAAGAGAGCUGGAUGGACGACUGCAAAUGGCUGACCAGAUUGCUCGGCAUGGAGGAAGGUUUCCUAAGUUUUCCUCCAGGGAGAUGGAGGCCAUGUUCAUUGAAGAGCUGCGAUCCUCUGUCAACCUACUGAUGGCCAACCUGGAGAGCAUGCCUGUGUCCAAGGGAGGAGAGUUUAAACUGCAGAAGCUGAAACGAGGCCACAAUACAUCCAUCAUGGACAUGGGCCAGGAAGACGAGAACACGCUGUCCAAAUCUGAUGUUGUGCUGUCCUUCACCCUGGAGGUGGUGAUCAUGGAGGUUCAGGGUCUGAAGUCGUUGGCUCCAAACAGGAUUGUUUAUUGUACCAUGGAGGUGGAGGGAGGACAUAAACUGCAAACAGACCAGGCUGAGGCCUCGAAACCAACUUGGGGUACCCAGGGUGACUUCUCCACCACUCAGCCGUUACCUGCUGUCAAAGUAAAGCUGUUCACUGAGAGCACAGGAGUGUUGGCUCUAGAAGAUAAGGAGCUUGGGAGGGUUGUGCUCCACCCGACCCCCAACAGUCCCAAGCAGUCUGAGCUCCAUAAGAUGACUGUGUCUAAAGGGUGUCCAGACAGUGAGCUAAAGAUUAGGCUGGCUAUUCGCAUGGACAAACCACAAAACAUGAAGCAUUGUGGGUAUCUUUGGACCAUUGGCAAAAAUGUGUGGAAAAGAUGGAAGAAAAGAUUCUUUGUGCUGGUUCAGGUGAGUCAGUACACCUUUGCCAUGUGCAGCUACAGAGAAAAGAAGGCCGAGCCUGUGGAACUGCUGCAGCUGGACGGCUACACAGUGGACUACACAGACCCCCAGCCAGGUCUGGACGGCGGUCGGACAUUCUUCAAUGCUGUGAAAGAGGGUGACACUGUAAUCUUUGCCAGUGAUGAUGAGCAGGACCGGAUCCUAUGGGUGCAGGCCAUGUACCGAGCUACUGGACAGUCACACAAGCCAGUUCCUCCCACCCAGGUCCAGAAACUCAACUCGAGGGGGGGCACUACACCACAGCUUGAUGCACCCAUAUCUCAGUUCUAUGCUGAUCGAGCUCAGAAGCAUGGUAUGGAUGAGUUUAUUUCAGCCAACCCAUGUAACUUCGACCAUGCCUCGCUCUUUGAACUGGUGCAGCGCCUCACUCUGGACCACAGGCUCAACGACUCCUACUCCUGCUUGGGCUGGUUCAGUCCUGGUCAGGUGUUCGUCUUGGAUGAGUACUGCGCCCGUUACGGUGUUCGAGGUUGCCAUCGUCAUUUAUGUUACCUAAGCGAUCUACUGGAGAGGGCGGAGAACGGAGCCAUGAUUGACCCCACCCUACUGCACUACAGCUUUGCCUUCUGCGCCUCCCACGUGCAUGGAAACAGGCCUGACGGUAUCGGCACAGUUACCAUAGAAGAGAAGGAGCGCUUUGAGGAGAUCAAGGAGAGGCUACGUGUGCUUCUGGAAAACCAGAUUACACAUUUCAGGUACUGCUUUCCAUUUGGACGGCCAGAAGGGGCGCUUAAAGCCACUUUGUCCUUGCUUGAACGGGUUCUGAUGAAAGAUAUUGUUACUCCAGCUCCACAAGAAGAAGUCAAAGCUGUGAUCCAUAGGUGUCUGGAGCAGGCAGCCUUGGUCAAUUACCAACGCCUCUCAGAGUAUGCCAAACUGGAAGGGAAAAAGAGAGAGAUGUAUGAGCACCCUGUCUUCUGCUUGGCGUCUCAAGUGAUGGAUUUAACCAUUCAGAAUGUAGGGCGUUUAGUCACUCCUGCCAAAAAGCUGGAGGACACCAUCCGCCUGGCCGAGCUGGUGAUUGAGGUCCUUCAGCAAAAUGAGGAACACCAUGCUGAGGGAAAAGAGGCCUUUGCCUGGUGGUCAGAUCUGAUGGUGGAGCAUGCUGAGACCUUCUUGUGUCUCUACUCCGCUGACAUGGACGCAGCUCUUGAAGUCCAGCCACCGGACAGCUGGGACAGUUUCCCUCUCUUCCAACUGCUUAACGACUUCCUGAGGAUGGACUAUAACAUGUGCAACGGGAAGUUUCACAAACACCUGCAGGACCUGUACGCCCCCCUGGUGGUACGAUACGUGGACCUGAUGGAGUCCUCCAUCGCUCAGUCCAUUCACAGAGGCUUUGAAAGAGAAUCCUGGGAACCUGUCAAAAGCAUAACAAGCACUCUGCCCAAUGUCAACCUCCAAAUGCCCAAAGUACCAAAUCUAACAGUGCCAAGUGUUAACCUCCAACAAUUGCCCAGCUUUUCUCCACCUAACUGGAUGACAGCUAAUCACGACUCAGAUAAUGGUUCAGGGACAUCAGAGGAUCUCUUCUGGAAGCUGGAUGCUCUGCAGACCUUCAUCAGAGAUCUCCACUGGCCAGAGGAGGAGUUUGGCAAACACCUGGAGACCCGACUGAAGCUGAUGUCCAGUGACAUGAUUGAGUCUUGUAUUAAACGGACACGAGCUGCAUUCGAGGCCAAACUUCAGAGGAGCAGCCGGGCCACAGACUUCCGCGUGCCACAGUCCAUCUGCACCAUGUUCAACGUAAUGGUUGAUGCCAAGGCCCAGUCAGCCAAGCUGUGUGCCAUGGACCUGGGGCAGGAGAGACAAUACCAUUCCCAAAUUGACGAUCUAAUUGAGGAGACGGUGAAGGAGAUGAUAACUCUGCUGGUUGCUAAGUUUGUGGUCAUUCUAGAGAGUGUGUUAGCCAAGCUCUCCAGAUAUGAUGAGGGAACACUCUUCUCCUCCUUCCUCUCUUUCACAGUGAAAGCUGCUUCAAAGUAUGUGGAUGUACCUAAGCCAGGGAUGGAUGUGGCUGACGGUUAUGUAACGUUCGUUCGUCAUUCCCAGGACAUGCUGCGGGAGAAGGUCAAUGAGGAGGUGUACAUAGAGAGAUUAUUUGAUCAAUGGUACACCAGCACUAUGAACCUUUUAGGAACAUGGCUGACUGACCGAAUGGACCUUCAGCUCCACCUUUACCAGCUGAAGAUUCUCAUCAGGAUUGUCAAGAAAAAGUACCGUGACUUCCGCCUUCAAGGAGUGCUGGACUCCACAUUAAACAGUAAGAUGUAUGAAACAGUGAGAAACCGACUGACCCUGGAAGAAGCCACUGCCUCAGUGAGGGAAGGAGGGAUGCAAGGCAUUUCCAUGAGGGAUAGUGAUGAAGAGGACAACGGAAAAGAAACGAACGCAAUGAAGACAAAAAGGAAUCAUCCUCUGGAGAGCAGGGAUAUCCACAGCAGGUUUCAGAGAAAAUAGCUGUUUAAAUAUCUUAAGUGUUGGACAGAUGGAUAAAAGAUUAAUUAUAAAUGGUAACUAUUCAUAGUGCUUUUCCACUCAAAGCCAUGUACAGCACAGUUGUGUCAUUCACCUGUUUGUCCAUAUACAGUGCAUCUAUGUGCUGCACUUUCUCUAUCACACAGUACUCACACACUACUAAUACAGCAAUAGGGAGCAAUUUGGGUUUCAAUAUCUUGCAUAGGGACACCGAGGCACCCGCAAUGGAUGAUGCGGUGAUCAAACAACCAACAUUAUGGUUAGUGAACAAGCCGUAGCCGCCAACUAAUCAGAUAAUGGCAUUAGCGAAGGCAAAACCUCCAUUUUGAAUUUUGAUUAACAUUAGUGUCAUGAACCUAAAAGUCAGUAAGUUCAAAUGAAUCUACAUUAAGUCGGUGAAAUCAGUUUGAACCUUGCACAAGAGCCACAAGACACACAUGUUCAUUUUAUCAACCUGUAUAAGCACACAAAGACUUUAUGCAUGUGAUAUGAAAUUGUGCCACAAAAAAACGAGGGCACAAAUUCAUCAAAAGGUUUCAAAAAUGUGUAAAAUAUGUAGCGGGAUGGUACUGUGUGUGUUUUGUGCAGAGAAGUUGACAGGAUGUUUGAUUGAAAUUCUUCCAUUUAGAGCGAGUGAGCUGGAUCGAUCCUUUACAAAUAAAGUGAUACAGCGUCACUAAUUUUAGAAUUGUGUCAAACUGCCUCCAGAUAAAUAGUGACAACACGAGCUUUGUCCUGUUGUUGAAGAAGACACUUUACUGCCUGUGGUCUCACUUUUUAAAUGUUACUUUGAUUUCCACAUCGACAUCUCUUGUCACUUUCUUUUUUUGGUGAGUAGAUGCAAUAGCAAGGCAAUACACAUAUAGUUUGUUUUUUUCACAACAAUAGAGCUGUUUUCAAUUAAUUUCACAUUUGUUGUUUUGAAUCAAACUUUCAAGUAUAGUUUGUAUAAAAAAAUAUUGUUUAAUCUAUUAUUCAUGUUCCUGUUAGUGCCCUUUACUUCAUUUCAGGAUGGAUAAUGGGGCUAAUCCACAUUUUUAUAAUGGAUGAUGGGAAGUGAAGUUUGCCUGUACUUUCCCUCUGUCAGCCAUGUUCUAUACUGUGCUCCUAUAUGUUGUCCUGUAUGCGAGUACUGCAUGUCCCCAAUAUUCACUCCCCAAAGUGUUUUGCUCCAUGUUUGAAGUUACCAGUGGGUUCAUCGUGCUUCUGCCUUGUAGGAGAACCCACUGAUGCCAAGAAGAUAAAAAUAAAGGUAAA